AUGAGCGACUCGCUUGUCUUACUGCAGUCCCUGACACCGCUUGACGUCAAGCAGCUUUCGAGGGAGCAAAAGCGGCAGCUUCUACGACAGCACCGCGAGCACCCAUCCCGCAAUGCGAACGUUGUGCUUCUGCUAGGGACGGAUCUUCUUGCUGGCGGCACCGGUGGCAUGGGUUUCGCAGAGCUGUCGUGCAUCUACGAGCAGGUCCUUAUUGCUGCGCUGGACUGCGGCAGAGUGGACAGAGCGCGGCAGUACCUCGCAGUCCUGCAGAAAUGGUUUGGAAAGCAGUCGCUGCGGGUGCGACAUCUUGAGGGGUUGUGUUUGGAGGGGGAUGGCAAGGCAGCAGAGGCGGAGCGUUUGUACCGCGCCAUCCUGAAGGAUAACCCAUCAGACCAGCUUUCUGUUCUGCGCCUUUCCGCCAUGUUGAAAAGUGAGGGGGAGUACCGGAAGGCCAUUGACCUCUUAGAAAAGCAGCAGGUUUACGUCGAUGAUAACGGUGAAAAGCACACCUUGCUGGAGGUACACCGCGGCGACAGUGUCUCCACCUACCGUGAACUCUCUAACCUCUACUAUCUCUGCGAGGACUAUCACAUGGCUCUUCACUACGCCGACGAGGCGAUGUUGUUCAACGGCAACGACUACCUUUCUCAUACCCGACUGGCGGAGCUGUACUACAUUGUAGGCGACCACAGACGCAGCCUUGUCGAGUACGCGCAGUCGCUGCGUCUUAACGGCCACGCGAACAACUGCAGGGCCGCCUACGGCCUUUGGGUCACCGCCAACGAAGUCGUGCGGCAGGCGAAGUCGACCUCGAAGCGGUCGGACAGCGAACAGGAGACGGAGGAGGUGGUGGAGCUGCGUGCGUGGGCGGAGAAGAAACUCCUGGAGAUCUACGAGGGCAGUCCGAUGCUUUCCGCAGUGCAGGCCAUGCUGCAGCGCGGGGCGUGA